AUGGGGCGUUGGGUCAAGCCAGACGUGUAUCCACUUAUGGCAGCAAUGACAUUUGUGACAAGUCUAUGCAUAUUCCAGCUCACAAGAAAUGCUCUCUUGAACCCUGAUGUCAGAGUCAACAAGGCACAUAGAGGCAUGGCAGUGUUGGAUAAUGCAGAAGAAGGGAGGAAAUACGCCGAGCACGGGCUCCGCAAGUUCCUCCGCACUCGGCCACCGGAGGUCAUGCCAACCAUCAACCACUUCUUCUCCAAAGAUAAAUCUACAUAA